AUGGCGAGUGCGGGUAUGACGAUUAGUAAUGGGGGUCGAGUGAUUGGGGGCAUUGGUGCUUCGGCGGUGAAUCAUGUGGUGCGGUUUGCACAAUCAUUGUUCAACGCGGCCAAAGGUGAGAACGACUUGAUUCGGAAGAUUAGUGAAGAACCGGACUCAAUUAGCGUACCGUUCGCUUAUGUGUCUUCGGCGCCUAGUCGGUCCGCAUCCAGAUGUCAGAUGGCGGUUGGGAUUCGGGGGACGAUGACGUACAUGGAGUGGUCGCUGGAUUUCCAGACAUGGCUAUAUCCUGACCCGAUUAUACCGGGGUUGCGGUCCCAUAAAGGUGUGAUGAGCAUAGCGUUGUCCCUCAUAUCCUCCGUUCGCCAUGCACUGCAAGAAGCCAGUCGAGCCAGCGACUGUGUCUGCGAAGAGACCAAGAUUUACGUCACCGGCCACUCCCUUGGCGCCAGUGUCGCACUCAAUGUUGCCGCCUACCUCCAGAACUUCUUCCGUGACUGCGCCACUGUUCAUGCCGUCCUUUUCGCACCCCUCAAACAUAUCGAUGCACGCAGCCGACACGUCGUACAAAACGCAGUCAAUCUACGCACCAUAAUGGACAUAUCCGACCCCCUCUUCCACCUACCCUGUUCAGGCAUACCGUUCCCCCGCUGCAAUCAUGGCGCUGGCUACGACCUUUUCGACGAUCACGACCAACUCGUCCUCAUCAACGUCCCCUACAAGGCCACACCCAACCCCGUCACCACCGAACCCUCCGUACUACAAGUCCUACACGACACCUUCGUGCCACCCCAAGUUGUGGACCGACUACCAGCACCCGACAGCAUCAUCAGCGCUCACUCUUGCGCACACUCCUGUGCGUUAUCAUCCGCAUGCCAAGCAUUCGGAUGGGGCUGCACUACGUGCCCCAACAGAUGA